AUGAUCACUCCGCGUUUCUCCUGCAGUCAAAACGAUAGCAGCGUAAUUGUAGCCAUCUACUGCCCCUCCGUUCGAGCCUCCGACGUCGAGAUCAACGUCGACGAGACGUUAUUCAGCGUCCACAUCAACCCGUACUUUCUGCGGCUCAAUUUCGCUCAUGCACUGGUGGACGACGAACAGGCGUCCGCGUCCUAUGACCCCAGUUCGGGGUAUUUGACCGUUACGCUGACCAAGGGGGUCAAAGGACAGGAAUUCAAGGAUUUGGACCUCCUGGCAAAGCUCCUCGCACCCCGUCCGCCUGAGCAUCUUCCAGAACAACCUCUGAUUGAAGUCCUGAGCUCCGAGGAUGCCCCCGUCACCGAGGACGACGAAUUAUCGGCGCGGGCGCAAAGUCUGACCCUCGAGCACGAUGAGUUUCUCGAAGCGGCGCAGAAUGACUGGCAGCUCCCUCAGGACCUGCCCGAGGCCUUACCUCCACUACAGACUAGCGCGACCCACCGAUAUGGCUUCCUAGACAUGCAUUCAGGAUAUUUCCGACAUGUCGCGCACACUGAAAACGAGGUAAACGAACUCGGUGUAGACGCUGAGACGUGCCCGCCUGACGAGCGCCGUCGAAAGCGUCUCGAACACGAGGAAGAGAAAUGGGACGAGGAAUAUUACAUGGCAGAUUUUGUCGAAGAUGAGUAUAUUCAAGAGUUGAUCGCGUGGCGAAACCCGCAUGUAACCGCGACCGACGAGUUCAAAUAUACGGAGGAAGAGAACCUCACCAUGCUGCGUCUCCCUCGCAAAGAAUAUCUGGCAACCCCCAGCCAAGCACAUAACCUCUACCUCACACUGCUCAGUCUGCUGUUCUCACAUGCGUACGAGACGCGUACGACACAGCACGACCCGACCCCAGAGAGCGCCUGGACGAUCGGCAGCCUCACGCCCGCAUUCUCGGCGCUCGAUCCUCCACCGUAUUCGCCAACGCCACCACCACUCUCGCAAUCAUCUUCGUUUGACGCGUCGGAGCUCGCCGCCGUCUUCACCGCAUCGUACCGGCGCGCUCUCGCCUUCCCGCUCCACCGCUCGUUCGCGCUCGCGGAGGCGUGCCGCGCCGACGUUGCGGCGCUGCUCACGAAGGGCAAGCGGGCCGUCAUCCGCUGCCUUCUGGAGAUGAAGCACAUACUGGACCACCACGACGUGUACUACGUCUACAGCAAGAUAUGGGUGGACGAUUUCUGCGUGUGGACCGCGACGUAUGCGAGCGACGACGUUCUGCACCAACUGUCGAGAGACGUUGCACGCCUGAAGAUGGAGAAGAGCAUGAUCGGCAGGGACCUCGACGGGCUGGAGGCUUUGACUCGCGAGGCGGCAGAGAGAGAGCCCGACAGCGACGACGAGUCUGAGGACGAGAUCGAGCGCAUGCUCCCGGCCCCACUUUAG